AUGCCUGCUGGUCCGCCAUGCAAACGGUGUGUGCACAUGGACCAAUCUUGCACUUUUGAAGAGCCGCCGAGUCAGCGAAAGAGGCCGAUGAUCUCUAAACUCAAUGAAUUUGAUGCCUCAAUACCGCGGCUAGGUCAUGGCCGCAGCUACUCAGCCUAUUCGAUAUCACCACGACAACAAUUUGAUGGAGAAAGCCCCUACGGUCCGUACUCAUUGGAUACAUUGCAACUUGGCUAUAUGGGAGAUUCCAAUCAUAUAUCUGAAUCUCCUAGUUAUAACAACAAUAGGACCCCUUCCGACCCAUGUCUAAUAAUGUCACCCGCCAGCCAUUCUGCCACGUCAGAGCAAGCUGAUACCAUUCUCAAUCGACAACCUCAAGUGCGUCAGGCACCUCUGGAGUUUGUUCCGGAUGCAUUCAGUUUCUAUAUCGGGCCCACAGGGGUGUCCGAUAUUCACGUGCUCAAUUCACAGCAGUACGACCAGGAAAAUAUAUCAACGCUCAGAGUCAGGGGGUUGAAAUAUCGACUCAUGGACUCGGGCAACCAUGAAAACGAUUGUAUGCCACAAACAGUAUUUGGUAUCACAGAUCGGUCGUUGCUUGACAAGGCCGAGCCCAAGGUCGACUAUCAAACAACGGAGUCAGCAUGGUCGGAAUUGUGGCAAAUCCUCGACCCAGUGGGAGCAUGGCAUCUAAUCGGGCUAUACAGUCGCUUUGUUGAUCCAUAUUUUCCUAUUGUUUCUCAGCAACAAAUUCCUGACAAUCCUGAUGCCCUGAGCAAUCUCUCACUGGGUUUGCUGACAGCUAUGUGUGCAACGGCUCUUCCAUUCGUCAUGUAUAACGAGGAUUUGUAUCCACUAUUGCUGCGUCCUCCUUCGAGUAGUGAACUUUAUCGUCUUGCAUGGUUGGGUGUAACCUCCGAACUUCAUGCUCCCUCCUUGACCACGCUUCAGGCCUGUCUUAUUCUUCAACAACGACUUCCAACCAAUCUAUAUCUCUCGGAUACUGCAUUUACAUGGACAUUAAUGUCGACUGCGGUAUCCAUAGCACAAACAAUUGGAUUACACAGAGACCCUUCCGCAUGGAUCUCUGUACCAUCGUGGGAGCGACGUCUUCGUCGACGCCUUUGGUGGGCGUUGUGGACAGUGGAGAAAUGGGUUGCCCUAGCCCGUGGUAUGCCGAGCCAUUUGCAUGGCGAUGAUUCGGAUGUCGCCGUAAUCAUAAUGGACGAUAUGACUGAUACGCUUUCCGCAUCGUGUAAUAACCACGCCCAUCUUCCCCAUCUGGUGACUCUGACCUGUAUAUUAUCCGAUAUCUGCCAAACAUACUACACUGUGAGAGCUAGCAACCGCACGUCUUGUGACUUGCAAUACUCCAUAGAGGUAGCGAGAUCCCUUCGAGCACGCCUCAAGGCAUGGCGUGACAAUAUGCCCGACGUCUUGAGGUUCAGAUCCGUUCGAAAUAUACAACAUCCUACGGGCCCGGACCCUCCUCAAAGCCACUACCAACAGCGAGAAGAUUUGGACGGCAAUGGUAGUUUGCAUCUAUCAUACAUAGUCGCGCACAUGGCCUUAUACCGUGCGCUCUUACGACCUUUAAAUAAAUGGCCAAUUCUCUUGGCUCGAAUGUCUCCAGAUCAGACAAAUGCUAUUAAUGAAGGAGCGCAAGCCGUAGUCCGAGGCGCCUUGCUCUGUGUGAGGGAGUUUGUGGAGUUUAUGGAGGCUCUAACAGAGACUCAAUGGAACGCAUUCUGGCACAGCUGGAGUCGUCCAAAUUUUGCAAUCGCCGGAUCAUUUAUGGUGCACGUCCUACAUACCAUUGCGCCUCCAGACGUUACACGACAGGCUGAAAAAAUAGGAGAUAAGCUUUCUAGUAACUAUAUUACAUUCGAGGAAGAAUAUGAAGAGCUCAAAACCUGGAUUAGGCGAUGGAGAUGGGCCAACCGAGUCUCGGCCAACGGCGCUGCCGGUGUCAAGGGACUUACAAACCUCGGCCUUAUGAGAGUCGAGACGUUGAUGAAGAAAUUCGAGCCUAGCCAUUUCGCAACUGAUUUACACACGAGAUAG